AUAAAAAAAUAAAAAAGUCUUCCCUCUUAUAAUUUACAAAAGGAUUUGUUUUUCCUGGAGCGCAGAUCUCUGUGUUGCUUUGAAACAAAACACGACACACGAGACGGGAAGCAAGGGUUUUGAAGAUCUAAGAAUUCCUUUCGCUUUUGUUUGAGGUUUGUUUUAUGAGCAAGCUGAAACUCCUGUUUGAAUGGUGGAUAUUUAAGAUCUUUGUUGAAAUCUCUGAUUGAUGAUGGCCAGCCCAGAACCUGUGAGUUCAGUUGGAGAGAAUAUGUCAGUCAAUGCUGCUGCCCCCAGGAAGCCUCGGAUUUUACUCGCUACUAGUGGAAGUGUUGCUGCGGUUAAAUUUGCAAAUCUUUGUCAUUGUUUCUCUGAAUGGGCAGAAGUAAGAGCUGUUGCCACAAAAUCGUCUUUGCAUUUUAUUGAAAGAACAGCGAUUCCCAAAGAUGUGAUUUUGUAUACGGACGACGAUGAAUGGUCUAGUUGGAAGAAACUAGGCGAUAGUGUGCUUCACAUUGAGCUUCGCAAAUGGGCUGAUAUCAUGGUCAUUGCUCCAUUGUCAGCAAACACUCUUGGCAAGAUUGCUGGAGGAUUGUGUGACAAUCUACUCACAUGUAUCGUGCGAGCCUGGGACUACAGCAAGCCAUUCUUUGUUGCACCAGCCAUGAACACUUUUAUGUGGAACAAUCCUUUCACAGAGCGGCAUCUCAUCUCCAUUGACGAGCUUGGUAUUUCUCUCAUUCCACCUGUUACAAAGAGGUUAGCUUGUGGGGAUUAUGGCAAUGGUGCAAUGGCUGAACCUUCUACCAUUUACUCAACUGUAAGGCUCUUUUAUGAGUCAAAGGCUCAGCAAGGUAACGGCGAUGUUUAGUGACAUUAACCACUGUUCAAGUAUGAAUAUGGUUUACUAGGACUUCUCUUGACCCCUUGAUAAAUCGAUGCUAUUUUAUUGCUUAGUUGUUGUUAGAAUUCUGUGUUUCUCUUACAUUACGACAACUUUGAUCUUAGGUGGUGUGUAAUAGUGUAAAUGGAUGUGCUAUAUUCUCCUUUUAUGGCUCAGAGGGUGAGGUUUGUAUACACACCCUUUUGGAUAUUUGGUCGUGUAAAAUAUUUUCUUAUUGAAUUUUAGCAAACAUAUGAUUGUUUCCUUGUUUGUAGAAUGACCUCAAAUUACUUCAA